AUGGCGACUACAAUGGCACCGCCGAGGACUCCGUCACCAAAGGUCAGGAUACGCGCGCAAUCAUUCGACUCGCCUUCUUCUCGCAUGACUGUUACGCCCAUCGACGAGUCGCCAUGCUCAAAGUCGACGGGCGCGAUCACGUCGCUCCCAAGGCACGAUGCUAUCAAGGCAGCUGAACAAAGAGCAAUACAGCCAGUCAAUGUGCUCCUGCCACUGCACACCAAGAUGAGCGACGAAUCGAUCAUGUCGGACGCCUCUUCAUCCGCUGCCAGCUCGCCCACCGACUCUGAAGGAAACAUGGACUUGUGCUCCGACUCGCCACUCCCAUCGCCAUGCGAGGCACGACAGCGUCCGCAUCCCCUCACCUUCUGCCAGUCCAUCUCGUACGAUGGAGCAUCGGCAGCAGUAGUAGAGCCGUCGUCACCCUUUCUCUACCAAGACACCAGCUACCCAAUGUAUUCGCCCUGGCUGGUGCGUGUGGUGCUCGACCUGUACGAUGUGAGAGGCCUGGACUGGAUGUCGAUCGCGGAGCCGAUUGCGAGGACUUGGGGCGUACAAACGUCCACUGCUGAAGUGCUAGAUAUCCUGAGUGGGAAUGGGAGGGUGCACAACCGGCGGUGGUGGGACUAG